UGCGAGAGUUUGAGUUCGUCAAUGCUACCCCGAGAAACCGGCUGGCAUUUGUGAGGAUGACGGUAGAGGCGUAUCAGAACACCAGUGAAGACAAGCUGAUGACUUGCAACGAUCAUUUCCAGCUGGUAUCUUUGUUGUGUCCUGAUUUUCCGACGCAACACCACGACGAUGCUACAAAGUUGCUGCGAGAAGCCUCUGGAAACACUCAGAAUUUGUUUCCAUACAAGAAGAUUGCAGCAUAUUGGCAGAUUCUCUUUGUAUUUUCGGAGUUCAUCGCACAAGUGAAAGACCAGUUUCCCCCAAGCACGCUCCAGCUCGACCGAAAUUCUCUGAUGUGGAGCAUCAAAUCUAUUAUCAACAGCAAGCACUGGGAUUUCAGCUGUCCGUCAGUCUCUUUGAUGGAUUCAAUCGUCUCGUCUGCCACUGACGGAAGCAAUCAGUUUGUCACCUUCAACAAGCUCAUGGCUGGCAUGGCCUCCUGUACUGCUCUUAUCAUCGACUCAUCCACGUUGGCGCCAAGGACCAAGUCGUGAUGGAAGUAGACGUCAACUCUACUGGCAGGUGCUUGCAAGGGCUAGAGUGCAGAAAGAUCGUUUCGAACCGUCUUUGAUCACUCAUUUAUUCGUUCACAUGUACUCCAUUGUAUCAAUUAUGCUGCUUGUCUGUGAUAUUGCGAUGACAUGUAUAAGCACGAGACGCAGAAUUCAAUACAGCAAGUCUUC